AUGUCACUCGUGCCCAAGAUCUCAAAGAGUACCUGGUCUCUGAUUGGGGUCUCGGUGGCCUUUGUCUUGGUGCUUUCCCGCCUCCUCUUCCUCCUCCUGAUCUGACACUGGCGUCAGGGCAAACACAGGAUAUCAGCCCAGAGACAGGCUGAUCUCCAACUUCCUGCAGGGGUGGCAGACCCAGAGCCCAAGGACAGAGGCCUGCAGAUCUGCUCCAGCCCAGCUGCUGACACUGAGGAAGAGACCCUCUCAGAUGCUCCAGGGAAAGACACACAGCCUGAGGAGGGGGUGGAGCUGGACCAUCAGCAGGGCCCCCAAGAUGAAGACCCCCAGGGAGUGAUGUACUCUGAAGCUGCUGCAUCUGAAGCCCCUGAAGACAUGACCUAUGCCCAGCUGAACCAUUUGGCCCUCCGAGGGGAGACAACACCCACUUCCUCCCAGUCAGAGGACCCCCCAUCAGAGCCCAGUGUGUAUGCUGCUCUGGCCAUCCACUAGCCCAGGAAGGACCCCAACCCCACCCUCCAGGGAGGGAGACGGCAGGGACUCCAGAAGGCACAUGAUCUUCCCCCACUGGACACUCAUCUAAUGACCUCCUAUCAGCCUGACUCAUAACAUAGACCACCAGGAGCUUCUGGGACUUUUUGGGAGUCACCUGUUUGGCUAUCAUGAU